AUGCACUUCACACUGCUGAGGUCUGAAGACCAUCUCAGUUGUGACCGCAAUCACUGCUUUCUGCUUGUUUUGCUCAUAACAAACUUUGGUGUCAUUACAGGCCAUGGUGUCUGCUCAUGCGGCCGAUGCGUUUGCCAGGACGGGUGGUUUGGAAAGUUGUGCCAGCAUUCAAGGAAGUGCAACAUGACGGAGGAGGAGAGCAGAAGUCUCUGCGAGUCAGCGGAUGGCAUAUUAUGCUCAGGAAAGGGUUCCUGCCACUGCGGAAAGUGCAUCUGUUCACCACAGGAAUGGUACAUUUCGGGCGAAUUCUGUGAAUGCGAUGACAGAGACUGUGACAAACAUGACGGUCUCAUUUGCACAGGCAAUGGUGUUUGUAGCUGUGGAAACUGUGAGUGCUGGGAAGGAUGGAAUGGAAAUGCUUGUGAAAUCUGGCUGGGGAGAGAAUACCCUUAA